AGAGCUGUUAACAUCAUCUAAUCUGUUAGUUGACGUAACAGUUGACUGAGGGAAGGGGUAUUUAUUACACAAUUUAAAAUCUUAAAAAGCGGGAUAUAUUUUCUAGAACCUGAAGGAGUCAAUUGUAUUUGUUAGAUACCUUAGGGGGUGUAUAUUUGUAAUUUACCCAUUUCAUUAUUACUUUGGAAAGAAGGGUUAUAUUUAUCACGGCAAAAAAAAAAAAGUUGCUUCAAAGUAGUAAAGUGCUUGUGAUCUAUACAGUAAGAGAUACAAAUAUUUAGCCGGGUUUUGGUGUUGUGGGAGUCGGGAGUUGGAUGAAUCUAAUUCUUAGACAUAUGCCUGCAAUUGACACCAUUAUCAUGAUCCACAUAUGACAGUCUACAGAUCCGCUCCUUGGAUGGUUAACUAAAGAAUGUCUUCAGGUUAAUUAUUUCCUAGGAGCUCUCAAUUGUGACAUGUAAAAAGAGUCAUUAAAUUGUUCUGUAAGAUUUAUGACCCUAUUGAAUGAGAAGAUAUAUGGGGUCUCAUACUAAUAUCUCCUGUGCAUUGACUAAUUUUUUCCAUAAUAUGAUUCUCCUCUUUUGCACUGGUCUUUAGGCUUUGGAUUGGGGGAUAUUUUGAAGCCCGAUUUGAUAUUCCCUUUACUAGAGACUCUUCCAAUGGAAGAGCAGCUGACAUCAUAUUUACCUGAGGGCCAAUGGACUCCAGAGGAGUUAAUGGAUUUACUGCAGAGCCCUCCUUUCCGCCAACAAAUAGAUUCAUUUACUUAUGUGCUUCGAACUGGACAGAUAGAUCUCACUCAAUUUGGAAUUGACCCAAGUAAAUACAAGUUCACUGUUCUGUCUUUCCUUGAGGCACUUGAAGAUUCUCUUCCCAAAAUGUCAGAAUCCGAGGAGACUAGGCAAGGUGAAAAGGAUUUAAGCUCUCGGGCCUCUAACCAUAGAGAUCCGGUGAAUGAGGGCCAAUAGUGGAGUCAAUCUGAUUCUUAUCCCGUGCUUGUUUCACCGUUGCUGUUUGUUGUGAGGGAAAGGAAUUUUACUUGCUUAUUUCAUACUUCUCAUACACAUCUACUCAAGUCCAAGUCCAAGUCCAAGUUACGCUUGUAUCAUCUGCUGCUGUUGGAAGGUGCCAUUUUGAGCUAUGAAAGUAAUGGUGAUGAAAGGAGAUAAACAAACAGAAUUUUUACUAAAACAUUAUGGAGAUUUUGUUUGGGUGAAAACAGUUUUUGGAUUUUUUUUUUGUAUAAUGAAAAAUAAUUGUCAACCGAGAUUGUUUUUGUAGUCUAGAAAAUGAUUGGAUUUGGUACUUAUUUUGUUUUA